CGUAUCCCAGACUGCACCGGGGCAGAGGAGGCUCCAGACAGAACAGACCGGAGGUUCAGGGAAAAACCUCUGCCUGGAUGUCCUGGAGCUCGUAAAGAGCAGUUCCUGCAGAGUCUGAUCACAGCUCUGCAGCUGGAAGCAAAGCAUGCUGGGAGUCUGAGUCCCUACCAGGCUGCAAACACACCUCCUUCUGAUGCUCCCUCUCUUUUAUCAAACCCUCCAUCCUCCACCACUCCAUCCUCCUCCUCCUCCUCCUCCUCUCCCCUGAACAUCUCUCCCUCUGCUGCUCCCUCUGCUGCGGACUCCUCCGGCCCAGAGGAGGUGUUGCAGUGGCAUUUCACUCGGCUGGACGUGGACUCCAGUGGCGUGCUCAGCGAACGCGAGGCUCGACCCCUUCGUCAGUUCCUGCGACGGAGGCUGAGGCCGAGACGCUGCGCCAAGAAGUUCGUUCAGUACUGCGACAGAGACGGAGACCGAGGCCUGACACUGGAGGAGCUGAGGGCCUGCCUGGCUCUCUGAGGUCGAAGCCACAGAGACGAAUCAGCCGACGCCAAAGGUCAACUCCUUCACUUGCAGCUCCGACGAACAGCUGAUCUUCAUCCAUCAUCUUCAUCACAGGAGGUUUUGUUCCUUCUCGCCCUCCAGACGCUGCAAAGGUUCAUCAUUCAUCAAACUGUCUCUGUGAUGUCAUCUGUGGUCAAAUCAACAUUUAAAGUAUUUAUUUCAAACCUUCGUGAUGUUUGGAUUCUCGUGUUGUUGCAAAACUCAAACAUCAUCUCACUGAUGUUUCCGUCCGUCCUUCUCUGAAUCCUUCCCUUCUUUCCUUGACUCCUUCCUCCUCCUCCCGGUUGCUUCUUUUGUUACAUCACUUCCUCUCGUUAAAUCUGUGAACCACAAACAUCAGUAAACGAGUUCCAUCUCUUCAGUUAACGAUCCAGGUUCAAAUCCUUUAAUUCUCUUCUGUUUACAGAGUCAGAGAAAAGCUUGAUUUUGACCUUUGACCUCCGAUCAUUUCUGUGACCACUCGCUGCUGGUGCCGACCCCAGGGUGUCAUUAGUCUGAUGGUAAACACAGCGCCCCCUGCGGUCAUGACGACGCCUCAGGUAAUAACCCGAACCACAGAGGAAGAAACAUCAGUCACCUUUAGUGUGUUUGUCACAGGGAAUUACCCAGAGUUCAUAGUGUUGUGAACUUUGACAAGAACCCACGUUUUCAUCUGAGGAAAAACAAAGAGCAGUAAAUGUUCAGUAAAGAACUUCAAAUUAAAAGUUGUUGUUUCAUUCCUGUUUAAACUUCCUCAUCUUCCUCCAGACUCAUUUCAUUUCUUCCUUCUUUCUCCUUCUCCUCCUCAUCCCUUCUGUUUCUCUGUUGUAAAUAUUUAUUUCUCAUAUUCUAGACACAUAUUUCCUGUCGAGUGGUAACAAACAGUUAUGAUCGUUUGUUUUAUUCGUUAUAUUUGAGACAGUUUCCGUCCGCAGCACUUUCCUAAGACACUUCAGUGUUUGUUCACUGACGUGAUGACG